AUGCUCUUCUCAUUUUUUUUAGCAUUCUAAUAAGUUUUUGCAGAUUGCAUUGAAAACUCUUAUCUCACUUAUCCAAAUCAAGAAGAAUGGGUUUAUGUAUUGAUUAUUUAUAUAUCAAUAUAGGCAGUCAAAAGAAUCUCAGUUAAAUUAGAAGGAGAAUAUGUUAUUGGAUUUGGUGAUAAUUAUGAAGUAAAAGAUAAAUCAAAAAUAUAAAUUAAAUAAGUUCCUGGAGGUUUAACUUUUGGACCUUCCAAUUUUUAAAUUUAUUGUCCAGCAAUUCAUAAAUUAUCUUAAAAAGAUAUUGUAUAAUGUGAAAUACAAUUAAAUAUGAAAGAAAUAAAUGCAACAUCAAUUCCUUCUAAAGCAUAGUUUGUAUUUUCAGUAGAAUUAGAUAAUGAACUUAAAGAAAAUCCAGUUUUUUAAAUUGAAACCAAUUUUCAAAUGAGAUUAAUGGAUUUUGCAAAAUAGUUGGAAAAUAUGGCAUAUUAUUUAGAAUAUGAAAAUUGUGAUUAAAUUGUGUAUUUAUUGCCUGAUCCAUUACCAAUAUCAUCAUAACAAAUUAAUUUACUAUAAAAAUACUCAAAAACAUUAUCAGAUGAUGCUUCAACCUAACCAAUAAUUAAGUCAAUCAAAGGAUAAUUAUUUGUUGAGAAUUUCUCAAUUGAUUCAAGUUCGAAUUCUCAUCUUUAUGGAUUAAUUGCGAUUAUUAUUGGUGUCAUAAUAUUGGCAGCAAUUAGAGCUUUUAAGUAAAAAUUAUAAGAUUAUUUAUAGCAAAAAACGAGAAGCAUAAAAUCAAUAUGAUCCUUCUAAAUAACCAUUAAAUGAACAAGAAUUACACAAAUUAACUUGAUCAUUUUUAAAUAAAUUAUCC